CCAGAAAACGACUAUUUUGAGUGGAAGUAAGUGGCAAAGACUCAGCUGGUGUCCAAAGGUUCAGAAAGUCUAAAGUUAGCUACAGUAUGCCUGUGUGAGAAAAGGAAACCUGUUGAAGAGGUUGCAUUUUACUAAACAACAGGUUUCCUGACCAAUAGAAAACUGGUGCAACAUUUUCAUGAACUGGGAAAAAAAAUACAUUGACAGUUUGUCCAAAAGCCCUCAGACACCACAGCACACUGUGAUGCAUGGUGGAUCAGACAUCAUGGUAUUGGAAUCCCUUUUAUGCUAAGAUGUUGGGCCUCUUUAUUGCAUGCAAGAGAUCGUGGAUCAGUUUAAAUCCAUCCAAACAGUCAAAGAGGUUGUGUUGAGUUUUAUCGCAGAGGAAAUGCCCUCGAAAGUUGUUUUUCCAACAAAAUAACAACCCUUAACACACCAGUAAGCAAGUAAUGGUUCCAGACCGACAAGAUUAACUUUAUAGGCAAGCCCAGACAUUAAUGCAACAGAGAAAAUUUGCGGGGAUGACAUCAAACAGGCCGUUUCUCAGUCAAAACCAAGAAGAUUAGAGGAAACGUGGAAUCGGUUCCAAUUGUUCUGGACUGGAAAACCUGCUCACAGGUACCAGAAGAUAAUUGACUACAUGCACAGAUGUGAAGAAAACAGAAACAGCGGUUAUACAGCUAACUAUCAGUUCAGUGAUUCACAGGGCAGCGAAAUCUUUCUGCAUUUUUAGGUCAUACUGUAAAACACUGAGUUUAUCAGGAAAUAAAGCAGACACUGCCAACGUUGCAUUUCCUCACGUUCUGCAGAGCGACCGCAAAUUUAUAAUGUUUCUAACAAAAGCUUUAAGCAUGUUGAGCUAAAUUUUUAAAUCGUAGCCAUAAUUUAAACUAAACAUCACAGUAUGCAUAAAACACCCCCCCCAAAAAAACGCGUUGACUCAUUCAGUCAUCCUGUCCAUUCAUGGUGGAGUCCAAACUUCACAGGACAAAGGUCCACAUGAGCAGAUUACAGUUACUGCAAGUCAUUAUUUAAGAAGAACUCCCCGAUUUUUUAAAACGGCCUCUUCCACUGAGCCUUAAAGCUUUAAAAUGUGCUUCUUUCUGCUUCAUGCAGCUCAUUUACAUGUACAUCCUUAACGACUGCAGCAUAUUUUGUCCGUCACUAGAGCUAAAGCCAAGCACUGGGAGGACAGGUAGCUCAGAGCAGGAUUAUUCUGUCAUAAAUUUUACAUCUCAAAGUGAUUCCACAAAAAAAUAAAAUAAAAUAAAAAACAUCAAAGCAGUGCAACAACAUAAACCUCUUUUAGUAAUAUGGAUUUAUGGCACCAAACAGCAAGCUUAUGAUGGGAUGCCAGCUGACACAUCUCAGUGCUGCAUUGGACUUAAGCCGAGGAUCUCCAGCUGCUCUUGUGCUCACCCAGUCACCCAUAUACUAAGGAUUAUGUGCAUCUGCUGGUAAAUGUGCAUAAGCAAUCUUUUGAAUGGUUUCUGUAAAUGCGUCAGUCCUUCUUGGUGCUUCGAAUAAAAAAAAAAAAUUUAUGUUCCUGGGCAUCAGAAUAGAUUUCAGUAAAUUUAAUCUUAGCGUACUCUGUCUGUAAUCAGAUGUAAUAGCAGUUAAAUCUGUUAAUUUAAAACAGGGAUGUCCAAAUGAGGAACAAAAUGCAGCAAACGAGGCCCUGCUCUGAGUCUUUGGCAUCCACAGUUACAGCCAUGGUCCACAAAUAGAGAGAACACGGAGCAGCAGUGGUCAGCCUACUAAAAUUACUCCAAGAGCGCAUCGAUGAUCUGCAUUCAUCUAGAAGAUUUAAAAACAAUCAGGACUACAUCUGCAGAUGUCACUUGCCUCAGUUAAGGUCAGAGUUCACGGCUCAACAACAAGUAAAGAGAGACUGGUCAAAAAUGGCCUCCGUGGAAGAGUUUCUGUGGUUCCAUUACAGUUUCAAAAGAGCUUUUAAACACAUCGGCUUGAGAAAUAAUCAAAGUUAUGUUGAUCCCUGUUGAACCAAAACACCAAAGUCAGAUUUUUAAUGUUUGGCUCUUUUACCUAAACUCAUUUGUUAAGAAGGAAAAUGGAUCAGUGAUAAGUAUGACUGGUGCAUUAAUGCAGAUAGACCCAUGAUGCCCAGUCACCCAGUUCCAGCACGCCACUGAAACGCAGUCAGAGGGAUUUUAGUUAAUUACAGCGUAGAGCAAGUUAACAUUUAGAGCACAGAACCUCAACGUUACAACGCACUGGAUCUGUCUGUCGCCUGCACGACUGCAGAGAUAUCAGCAGAACAGAGAUCGAUCAAAUGAAAAGCUUCAAUGAGCAAUAGAUGUCCUGCAGUUCAAGUUCUAAAGACUAUUAUCCUAUUUACUACUUGUUUCAGCCUUGACAAUCACAUUAGCAUCCGGCACUGCUUGAGGGUCAUCAGCUCAGAUAACAGCCAGUGAACUGCAUGCGGCCGGAUGCUCUCACUGUUCGACUGGACGGAAAUGACCCUGAUGAAAUAGAAUUUGUUGGAAGUUUAGUUCGUGAAACUUGUUUUUAAAUUCCCAUUGCUUACUACUGCUCUCGCUUUCAAACUUCAGUUCUUCUACUUUACCAGAAUCCUGCAUUAAAAAUUAAUAUCUUUUAUUGUUAUUUUACGUUAUUGGAUUCUAAGGUAGCUUAAUAGUAAGGAAGUGCAUCUCUAAGUAUUUAAUCUCCUGCCCACUUUCCUGCUGGAUUUUGUGUUUACAUACAAAUUACAGUUGACUUCAUCUUUCGGCAUCCAGUCAGGCAGGUAACAGCUCGAUCAGUAAACUGAGCAGAAACAAGCAAAAUAAAUAAAUAAGUUAACAUUUUUCAGAUUUGGAUGGGAAUUAGUCACAAAUUUUACCAGCUGGAGUCUAGCAGAAGUGAAGGGAUGUGAGGAAUUUGACUUCAUCUCUCAUAUAUGGACUGGUGCCAAGUUGCAGCCGUCAUCCCAUGCCGGGUGCAGAUGUCGCCUCCACGCUCUCACGCUCUCAUCAAGUUCUGCGUGACUUUAUCUCUCGAAUUUGACAGUCAGCACACUGCGUUUCUCUGAAACUGGGUGAUCUAAGAUUUCUGGUGAAUCAAAUGUCAGGGCAGAUUCUGACUACAGGACCCCGGGGGCAGUUACUUCACCAUCACCACACACUGUGUGCACUUUGGACGAAUUCCAGUGCAAACGAAUUCAGGUCAAGAAUUUCUCCCUCACCAAGAAACUCUGUGCUUCGGCACCACAGCAGGUUGCAGGUAAGUUCAUCAAGCUGCGGAUGGUCAAGCCACCUAUUUUAUCUCUGUUGUUUUAGACGCUGGGGUUUGCAGAAUGCAUGUUUAUCCAAUUAACAGUUUGGAGAAAAAUCCACCUGAUUUCCACGUUAAGACAGUUUGCCCUAACAAUGGCCUUGGAAGGAGGCUGGGUCUCCAGAAAAGUGUCAAUUUUUAGGAAUAUUGGAGAACAAAGUGCCUCCCAAGGGUAGAGAUAAGCCUGAGCGAUUGCAGAAGUCAUGCAUUAUUUAUCCAGGUUAUCCACGUGUGCCGUUUCUGGGCUGGUCUGACUUAAGCCCUCUGAUUGGACACACCUCCUUCCCCCAGCAGCAGUCCCCAUCCAGGCGGGGCGGGACCAGACCAGCCUUCGCACCCAUGAUUGGUCUAUAAUAAGAAAAUUUACAUCUUUUUCUGACUGGGUUCCAGAAGCACCUUGUGCGUUAUAAAUACAGCCUGCAGCCGGGAAAACAAAAUGAGCAUCGACACCCAAGGGGUCCGCGAACAGACACCAGCGCUCCAUGAUCUUUGUGAGGAGGAUGGUGCAGCAAGCGCUUCGAUUGUCCGUCCGCAACGCCUUCCCCCUGGUCAAGUGGAUGGAGAGGUGGGCCGAGAGCGCAGCAGCGCCUCCGCUGGGGAUCGCCCGGCAGGCGGUGAGGACCCUGGACGACAUGCCCGGACCGACGGCCGCCAGCUUCGCCUGGGACCUGUUUGCCAGGGGGGGUCUGUCCCGGCUGCAUGAGUUACAGCUGGAAGGAGUGCAGCGCUACGGGCCUGUGUGGAAGGCGAGCUUCGGCCCCAUCCUGACGGUUCACGUAGCAGAUCCGGCCCUCAUAGAGCAGGUCCUGAGGCAGGAGGGCCAGCACCCGAUGCGAUCGAACCUUUCAUCCUGGAAGGACUACAGGAAGCUGAGAGGACACAACUUUGGACUUUUGACAGCCGAGGGAGAGGAGUGGCAGGAAGUGAGAAGUCUCUUGGGGAAACACAUGCUGCGACCGAAGGCUGUGGAAGUUUACGACGACACCCUGAACAGCGUCGUCAGCGACCUAAUUUCCAAACUUCGCUUUCGCCGGUCCUCCCAAGGCCUCGUUACUGACAUCACCAGCGAGUUCUACCGCUUCGGCCUUGAGGGUAUCUCCUCUGUGCUGUUUGAGUCCAGAAUCGGAUGCCUGGACCCGGUCAUUCCUGAGGAUACGGAGCGCUUCAUCGAGUCCAUCAACACCAUGUUUGUGAUGACUCUCCUCACCAUGGCCAUGCCCAGCUGGCUGCACCAGCUGUACCCCAAACCCUGGAAAACUUUCUGCGACUGCUGGGACUACAUGUUUGAAUUUGCCAAAGGUCACAUCGACCAGCGCUUGAUGGCCGAAGCCAGCAAGAUCGCCAAGGGGGAGAAAGUUGAGGGCCGUCAUCUCACCUACUUCCUCUCACAGACGGGGCUGCCGAUGAAGACCAUCUACAGCAAUGUCACAGAGCUGCUUCUGGCUGGAGUCGACACAAUCUCCAGCACCAUGUCCUGGACUCUGUACGAGCUCUCCCGUCACCCAGAGAUCCAGGAUGCACUCAGGGAGGAGGUGUUGACCGUACUGGAGGGUCGAAGGAUACCGGACAACACAGACGUGGCCCGUAUGCCCCUCAUGAAGGCCACAGUCAAGGAAGCGCUCAGGCUGUACCCAGUUAUUCCUGCCAACGCGCGGGUCAUUUCAGAGAAGGACAUUGAGGUGGGAGGCUACCUCAUUCCUAAAAACACCUUGAUCACUUUGUGCCAAUUUGCCACAUCCCGGGACCCGGCUGUGUUUCAGAAUCCAGAUGAUUUCCAACCCCAUCGCUGGUUUAACAAAGACGAGACUCAUCACCCCUACGCCUCAGUUCCCUUUGGCGUGGGAAAACGCAGCUGCAUAGGUCGCCGGAUUGCGGAGCUGGAGCUCUACCUCGCUCUAUCUCGGAUCCUGAUGGAGUUUGAGGUGAAGCCAGAUCCUGGGGGUAAUUCUGUGAAGCCGAUGACUCGGACGCUCCUCGUUCCUGAAAAUGCCAUCAACCUGCAGUUUGUUGAACGAUGAACUCCUCUUGUGAUCCCGAUGGGUGAACGUGAGCUGUCCCCCGCUGCCGCCCAGGCUGCCCUUUACUCGGGCCGUGUGAGGUGGGGAGAACAGGCAGGGCAGCGUUAUCGCAUCCACCACGGGGCUGCUCAGGCACAGCGGGUCAUGUCAAAGCGGGUCUUCGACCUUUGACACAGUUAGGAGAAAAGCCCACCUAAUCUGCAGCCCGGCGCGUGCUGGCCGGCACAUAACGAGGGAGAGGGCUUAACGGCACAAUUAAUGCUGAGAAAGAUGUGACGGAGAAAACAUGAGUUACCUGCCUGCACUGUUUCUAGAGAAAAACCUUGAGAACUUUAUGUUGGACUCAUUAGAUCAGUUCAAGUUACGAAUGAAUGCGAGCUGUGCUCGAAUUAAGUGGAUUUGUUUUGUUUUUUUUCUUGAAUCUUGUAAAACUUCUGAAUUAGAAAUCUUGCACUAUUAAGCACAUUUACUGUGUCCUGAAUAUGUGAACAUUUUGUGUUGAAACUUUGGAGCUGAUUGUAGUGCAGUAAGAAAGUUGUGCAGGUGUAAUGAUUAAUAUAGUGGGACCAGUACGUUUUGUCAGGGAAAAUGUUUUAAAAGGCAGCUAUUGACAGCAUACCUGUGUGAUGUCACCAAAUUCACAGAUGUAAUGUCCUGAAACGGGAAGUGCAGUGCGUCAGGUCAUCUAGAUGUCCAAGUUACUGAUGUGGCAUUAUUCUGCAAAAUCUUAUGGAUUUCACUAUUGUAUUUAUUCCAGUGUGACAAUAUGAAGCUGCUACUGUAAAUGUCAAUAAAUGCGUAUCGAUAAUUGACACUUAAGUCAAUUAAAAAUGUCCUGUCCAUGAUUUAUUUAUUUCUGUAUCUUUACGUCCAUUCAUUUAUGUCUGCUAAAGGGGGUAAAAGUUGCGGAUUGACUUGAAACGCUCCCAAAGCAUCACAAUCUCAAUGGUGAAAUGAAUAACUUGCAAAAAUAUCCGUUUGAAUCUCACACAUUUCAAUAGAUAUUACAUGGAUUUCUAGGAAGGUCAAGUUGGUGCUUAUAUGUGAAGUUGAAGUAAAAAUGUUGUAUGGUUUUCGAUAUGUUUUUGCAAAUAAAAGUAUGAGAAAUG